AUGUCAACAUCGCCCCAGCCGCGCAUCACGCGCGACACCUUUCUGCACACCGUUUCCCUGCAGAAGAACAGGCCCGGUACCAUACCGUCGUCGCACCAUGUCACCAUUUUCAUGAUCUCAGGGAAUCCAGGGUUAAUUGGGUACUACCAUACCUUCCUGUCGCUUCUUGCUGACAAAUUGGGUUCGCGCGGCGCGCCGAGUACAAUUCAGAGUCGUAGUCAUACGUGUGAAUUUCAGAUCUACGGACAUAGUCUGGGUGGCUUCGAGCUCGAGCAGCAUGAGGAUCUAGAUGUCAGAAAGCGCUUAUUUGAUCUUGAGGACCAGAUCUGCUAUGUUCAGGAGAAGCUUGAUGAGUUCCUUGCGGGCGGGGAGACGAAGCAGAAGGUCAUUCUUGUUGGGCAUUCGGUGGGCGCUUAUAUCGCUAUGGAGAUUCUGAGGAGGCAUCGGGAGAGGUCAGAUGCUAAAGUCAGGACCGGGGCUGAUAAGGCCGACUUCGAUAUCGUUGGCGGAAUCAUGCUCUUCCCUACUGUCGUGGAUAUUGCCAAGUCGCCCUCUGGGCAGAAGUUGACGCGAUUGCUGUACUUCAUACCCCAGCUGGCGCUAGUCGUUGGCUUCUUGGCCCGGGUUCUGGCAAUGUUACUUCCAGACGCUCUACUGCGUGGUCUGAUCAAGAAUGUUAUGGGGUCACCACCGGAUAGUGCGGUUGAGACAACCGCGGCGUUUAUCAAGAGUAAAUGUGGCGUUAGACAAGCUUUACACAUGGCCUCUGACGAGAUGCAGACCAUCACUUCGGACAAAUGGGGCGAUGAUGUCUGGGGUGUGUCGACGGCCAGUGAGCCGCUGACUCGUUUAUUCUUUUACUUCGGCCGAAAUGACCAUUGGGUGGCGGAGCGGACGAGGGACGAGAUUAUUGACCUUCGAGGGCGCGUAGAAGGCGGGCCUACCAUGUCGGUUUGUGAGCUUGGACUUCCGCACGCGUUCUGCUUAAGGCAUAAUGAUAUUAUGGCGGAGAAGGUGGCCGAUAUGGUUAUGGAUAUAGUGUCGGCUUGA